AUGUACUCAGACAGCACACGGACGGGACACUAUGGAUUCAUUCAUCAAAACACAGAUGACUACUGCUACUGCCUUCACUGUGUCCAGUACGAACCCACGCUGUACCAGGAAGGACCAGGGGGGUACAGACCACCACCCACACACCCAGACCACCCAGAGUUGGACAUCAGAGGAGACUUCAGCCUUCCUCCUUUCCCUGUGGAGCCAGAGGAUAUAGAACCUGGACUAGAUAAGUGUGAGAGAGGAGGUGAAGGAAGAGGAGAUGGUGGAGAAGGUGGAGAAGGAGAAGGUGAAGGAGGAGGUGUUAAAGCUGGAGCUGGAUGGGGUGGAGGUGGUCACAGUGCCCCACAGAGGAGGCCAGUGUUCACCGGGCCGGGUCAGUACGGUCAGCCUCAGCCAGGCCAGUUUAGUCCCAGCCACCCCUGGAGCUACAACCCUGCCCAGUGGAGCUGCCCAGCAGAGCCUGGCCUGGGUCUGAGAAUCUACUCCCCUGUGAAAGAACAGUGUGGCUAUGUGGGACGUGGUGGAGGUGGCGCCGCUGGGACAGGGACCGGGACACACCCCUUCAACAGCAUCAGAAACGUGUCAGCCUCAUCACUCCCCCCGGACCUGGCACACACACAGUUCAGGCCUCAGCGGCCCAAACACAGACAAGCUAGCUACAGCUACAGUCUGGAGGAACAGCCGAAACACAGACAGGCUAGCUACGGUCCUGAGAAACAGAUCUGGGAUCAGUCAAAAUACAGGUUAGAAAGCCAGGCUAGCUAUAGUCCACAAGAGCAACACAGACAGGCUAGUCUCAGUUCGGAAGAGCAGGUCUGUGGUCAGUCGAAACACAGGCUAGAAAGACAGAAUAGCUUCAGACCACAAGAAAUACACAGCCAGGCUAGCUAUAUUUACAGUCUAGAAGACAAGCCGAUACACCGACAGACUAGCUACAGUCCAGAACAACAGGUCUGGGAUCAGUUGAAACACAGACAGACUAGCUACAGCUACAGUCCAGAGGUGCAUGUCUGGGGAUGCGCUGGAGAUGAACACUAUCAUUUGGACAGGUGUGUACCGCUUGAACAUGGAGAUUUACACCCCCACAUGCCAAAUGGUGGUGGUCCCAGUCCCAGGCAUGUGUACUCUCAGGGCGUGGGAGAUAGAACUAACUACCAGGAGAGGACUACUAGAUUAAAGGCUGGGGGAGCUGUAGGUGGGGCAGGAGAGGACAGCUGUAAUGUCCCUGCUGGCUCUGGCUCUGUUCAGAAGACUUUCUUUUCCACUGAAGUCCACCAGAGACAGUUGGUCAUUCAGCCCAGGCAGAGGAGUCCUUGUGGGCCUGGCCCUGGCCAUGGAACCCCUAGUCAUGGAGCUACUGGCCCAGUGCAUGGAGCCACUAUAGGCAGGGAAGAGAGAUCCAACCAGAGGGCCAAACAGCCAGCAAGCCAGCGGGUCAACCAGAACCAGGGAGGAGACCCAGACUCAGACCCCCAAAGACAGAGGAAGAAGGAGAAGGAGGGCCAGGGUUCGGUCCGGGAGAACCAGUGUUUUGUCCGGGAAAACCAGGGUUCAGUCCAGCAGAAGGAGGGCUCGGUUCGGGAGCAGAUCAGACAGGUGGUGUCAGACCUGGAGGGGGUCCUGGGUGGUCUCAAACAGGUCCACGUGGAGAUGAAGGAGGUAGGAACCCUUUACUGCAGAUAGCCUGAUUAAUCCAGAGAAAAUGAAAUUGAAAGCAUCCCAAUGUUGUCUUUUGCUUAGACCAUGGUUUAAACCAUUGGUAUAAAAUUGCUAGCUGCUAGCUUUUCUCAUAGGCCAACCUGGCCAAAUUAGCCCCAACGCUGAGGACGGCCAGCUGAGCAUUUCAUCUCAGCCAGUUAAAAUCGUCCACGUUUCACUAAAACACCCUUACCAUAAGUCUACCGGCACAUUCUGAUACUCCAAAAAAAAAAGUCUGGCUAGGUUCCCAAAGUGUCUAGUAGAGGGCGCAGCUACUCCCGGAAUCCACUGAGGUGAAAACUAGCAUCCUCCUGGCUUCACAACUUAUGAAGCUGAUGCAGUAAAAGACACUACAUCUGAUUGUGCUUUCCUGUCAAUUCUGUAACACAUGCUAUUGAUUGACUGGCCUAGCCUUUAUAGACAUUCAGAUCAACAAUAGAGCUAUCGUCAUUGUCCUGGACGAGUUAUUAGCUGGGUUAGCAUAUAUCAACACCAUUUUUGUCCAAUGUUGAUAAGCCUAAUACAGAAAUAUUAAUCACUACAAUGAAUAUAGGUGAAAUUACAAAGACGUAUACACUUAAUUGUACAAGGUUUUAUAUGCAUUUUGAUAAUCGGUUACUUCGUCACGUUUGCACUAUUUUACUCGAGGACCAGCAGUGGAGGGUUUCUCCUUACAUUUACAUUUUAGUCAUUUUAGCAGACGCUCUUAUCCAGAGCGACUUACAGUUAGUGAAUACAUAUAUUUUUUUAUACUGGCCCCCCAUGGGAAUCAAACCCACAACCCUGGCGUUGCAAACGCCAUGCUCUAUCAACUGAGCUACAUCCCUGCCGGCCCUUCCCUCCCCUACCCUGGACGACACUGGGCCAAUUGUGCGCCGCCCAUGAGUCUCCCGGUCGCGGCCGGCUGCGACAGAGCCUGGAUUCGAACCAGGAUCUCUAGUGGCACAGUUAGCACUGCGAUGCAGUGCCUUAGACCACUGCGCCACUGCGUAACCAAAUGGGAUUCGAACUCACAGCCACCAUAUGCCAAUACCACAGAGUAGAUCCCUUUAGUGAUCACACCACCACUCUGGGCUAGCAGUAGUGGGUAAAUUACUGUGAUGACACCACGAGAGUCAUCACCUUUGACUUUUACAAUGUCUGAAUACAAAGUUACAUGUUAUAUAAUCCUCCUACUUUUUUCAGUCAAAUUACAUGGAUGUUUGUUAAAAUUCAAAACCCCUUUUGAAUUUUGUGUGGAAGCAUAUUGUCACACUCCACUUAGACCAUGGGUAACACAUUAAACCAAACAGUUAGCCACCAGGGCAGAUUGUUAAACCAACAAUCUACCUCUGGUGUCUAAAUUGACCUGUUGAACAAAUGUGAUUGGAUGGUGGCUCUACCGUUUAAGGUCUCUGAUAGGUUGAUUCUUUAUUUUGUUACUGAUCAGCUGGCCAUAAUCAGCAUCAUAUUUAAAUUAUUAAGGCUAAUCAUUUUGAGUUCUGUCCAUCUCAUUUUCCAUGGAAUGUACUUACAAGCCCUUAUGGAAAGCCACAUGAAUUUCACAUGUGAUCACAUGUGAAGUGUUCCAAAAACACAUGUGAUCUUACACUGAGUAUACAAAACAUUAAGAACACCUGCUCUUUCCAUGACAUAGACUGACCAGGUGAAUCCAGGUGAACGCUAUGAUCCCUUAUUCACUUAUUAAAUCCACUUAAAUCAGUGUAAAUCAAGGGGAGGAGACAGUUUAAAGAAGGAUUUUCAAGCCUUGUUACAAUUGAGACAUGGAUUGUAUAUGUGAAAUCAUGUGAUUUAUCUGUAAGGGAGGAUCCAGAAACCAUUUUUUAUGGAUAUUUUUUGAGUGUGUUUAUUAUGAAUUGUAAUGAAUGAAAGGUAUGAGUAAAAUAGACAUAGCAUAUAGUCAGAGGAGUUGGCUGAAAUGUACACAGAGAUCAGAGGACGAGGCUAUGUAAACCUUAAGUCCAUGUAUACAUUUCAGUAGGGUCUAUCCUUACAUUGACAUCAGAGAUAAAGCAAACACAUAUCAAUGGAUAUCCUCUCUUUCUGUUUAUGUAACGGUACAUGACAUUUAAAUUACAUUUGCAUUCAGCUCUGUAAAUAAAAUUACAUUGCAGGCUGAUAUGGAACAAGAUAGCAUUGUUUGUAAUUCGCAUCAUUUCUUGUAAUUGCAUUGAUUGAAAGCUAUUCACAUGAACCUUUUGGCUAAAACCAGCUGCUGGAAUUGGCAGAGACACAAGCAGCACUUUAAAGAGCCUGUCUUGAGAUGUGUUCUGAAUUACGGUUUGCUUUUAUGGUGUCCAUAUGCAAUAGGGCUAUAAUAUACUGUACCUUGUAAAAAAUCAUUUGAAAGCCUUUCGUUGUAAAACAAAAUCUAUAUCUCAUGACUCUUAGCUCUUAAGCGACAAUCAACCAACAUGUCAUAUCAUAAUUUACAUUUUACAUUUACAUUUUAGUCAUUUAGCAGACGCUCUUAUCCAGAGCAACUUACAGUUAGUGAGUGCAUACAUUUUCAUACUGGCCCCCUGUGUAUAAUGUUGUGGUAAUUAAUGUAGUAUAAUAUAUUAGUAUACAGUAUUUUAGUAAUGUAGUAUAUUGACUAUGUAUUGUCAUUUAGGUGGUCCAACAGAUUGAUCUGCUGACAGCUAACGUUGACCUGGGAGGGGAAGAGGGAUCAUGUAACAGUUUCCCUCAUGGUGGUGACGCCCUCCCCAACCCCAGAGACUGCAGUGGAGUCCUGAUGUACAAUCAGAAGACUAGUACUGGAGAGCAGGUGUACACCCACACGACUAGUACUGGUGACCUGAAGACUAAUGGAGACCAGGGAUUACUGUACAGAGACCCUGACCAUACUGUGACCAUACAAACUACCUCUCCGUCCCAUGUCCUCACCGCAUCAGUUAUCAAAACCAACCGGGUCGGGGUCAUAGCUCUGAGCCCCCUGAGCCCGAGCCCUUCCAAAGAACCCAAACAGGAAAGACGGGGGCUCAACGGAGACCCUCCUAUACCUGGCCCUUGUCCUUCCAGAGACAUAAACCAUGUGACCCAGACCCCUUGGCUAGAACGCACACCCUCCCUACCUCUACCCUUACGGACUCACACCCCUAACCCCACAGCCAUGGUUGGAUACAGUGUCCCGUCUCUUAGGAGCCAGAAACCACCGCUGUACCCCCACCCAAACGGACGGGUGGAGAGGCUCAAUAAGGGUCCGGCUCAACCACCCUAACCGGUCCACCCAGCCCUGCCGGUCCUGCCCCACCUGGCCCAGCCACCCUACCCUACCCACCCUAACCACCCUGCCCUGCCUCCCAGUGCCCUGAAGACACCCCACUACCUGGAGAAAAGCAGACCGAGCUCCAGCAUG